UUAAAUUGUGCUUUGUGCAUUCAACCGUAAGUGGACUAGGUCUUUGGCAAGGAAUAUCUAUUGCCAUUUCUUCCUGCAUCUUUUUGUGACCAUAGCAUUUUGUAUUGAGUUUCUUCCGUGAUUUGGCCGGCCAAGUUGAAUUUUAUAUGACUCGUGUGUACAUCACUACUUUAUAUUUUAGUACAACUAAGGAACAACUGGGCUUGUGUGAAUGUCCAAGGAAUGGAGCUCCUAUUACGAUAUUUCUGAGGUGAAAAAAGAACCCGAGCUGAAGAAUUCAACAAACAACAGUGAUUUGUUGCUCAAUAUAAUCCAAAAUUCAGAUAUUUGUAAGCGUGUUCGUGUUGCAGUCUUCGCCAACCGUCCAGUGUGCGCAGUAUAGUCGACUUAUCUAAGUCUUUGCAAUAUGGGUAGUAGCCAAAGCAACACCUCUGCACUGAUCGGGAGAACAUCAACGUGGGUGGAGUUUCGAGACGACUGGUUCGCUCAAGGGGCCUCCCGGUAUGCCUACAGGGGUACAUUUCACGGGGACCCCCACUUUGAAGGGAAACCCUGCGUGGUGAAAGUCUACAAAGAAGAGUGGUAUGACCGCCUGUCGGAAUAUGCCUGGGUCGCGGACGACCGUGCCUAUCGCAAAGCUCACGAGAUGGCGCAGUUGUUUAACGCCAGGAUGCCAUCGACCAAACCGAUCGAGUUCGUGAAACCUGAAUUCACCCGAGUAAGCACCCGUGCCGCGUUCAAUUUACUGGGCUUCAUUCCAUUUGAACGAAAGGUAAAAGGGAAACUCGCUGGCACCUCCGACAGCGUUUCCAAUAUUAUCCCGGCAAACGCUACCCUCGCUGUCGAGCCGUACCUUGAGGGGAAGUAUGUCAAAUUUAACAGCAACUCUGGCUACUCAGAAAGAGCAGAUAUCGCCACCCCGGCUGCCUUCAGUCAUCUCACUUAUCACGAAUCCAACGGCCAGGCUUUGGUUUGUGAUUUGCAAGGGGUGCGCAGUAGUUCUGGGUACAAGUUCACUGAUCCAGCGGUUAACAGCAGCGGCACGCAACUCGGUUUCUAUGGCCCUACUGAUUUAGGGAAGUUUGGCAUUGUAAAGUUCUUUAAGAACCACAGGUGCAAUGAUAUGUGUAGAAGGCUCAGGAAACCAAGAAUUACCAACGUUUCUCUAAGUGCUAGCGAUAUGUCCAAUCUGGAUAGAAUCGUAACCAGUAUGCCAUCUCAAAGUGCCACAUCGUACACGUAUUGGUUGAGCGCGGCGUCUGGCGUACCUAACGCUGACGUGAACCGAGUUCACAACAAUCUCAAUCUGGAACCAAUCUAUGCGCAACCAUUUCAGGCUACAGAUUGAACAUUGACUAGUCCAUUGAAGAACCUGUCCAUCCAACACGUAGAGACAGGGGAAAGUGUGUGUCCGUUCUUAAACACAUCCAAGGCCUUUGUUCUGGCUUUGUACACAUUUCAUUUACAGAAUGUAUUGUUUCAAACGAAAUUAUUUUAUCCGAAAAGAACAUGUAAAAGUGGCAUGUAAACGCCACACAACUAUUCUCUACAAACUGGGCGUUUUUGUGGUAUUCUUGCGAUGGCGCGUGAGAACGAAUUUCGGUGGUCAAAAUUUUGACUAAUUGUGCCUCGAAUCGCACUUGUUCCUUUGAAAACAUUUCUUAAAGACGCGUGUGUGUUCAUCGGUUGAGUGAAUUAUAGUGUUUUUAGUUGACAAGCCACCACAUUUGUUUUAGAUUAAUCAAAUUACCACCGUUUUGGGGGACCAGUCUGAUGCUGUCACAACCCAAAGAUGGAGCCCUUAACUCCAUGACUUUAUGUAUGGCUGGAUAUAGGCGUACAUGUAUGCCACAAACUGUUCUCCACGUCCGAUGUAAACAAACGUGUUUUUUUCGUGUUCGUGUUCGAACUUAACGGAAACAUUAGUUUAGUUUUUUUAUUUCAACCAGACCUUAACUUCAAUUAUAUAUAGCAAUCCAAAACAUCCCAUGCCGUAUAUGCCCUUUGAAAAUGUUCUUUAUCCUAAUUUUGAUUCUUGAGUAUUUUAUGUUAACGGAAAUAACUGGCGUUUUUAUACCGGCAGUUACGGGUUCCUGAAAAGAUGGUGAUCGUAUUAUUAUCGUUUCCGUUUGCAGUAACACUAUGGUAAUAACUACUGUCGCUCAGUAGACAUUUAGUUCUGAUAAGAACUUGCCCUGCUUAUUAUCAACUUUCGCCAGUAGUCUCCUGACGAUGACAAGAGCAGGCUAGUCGAAUCGUUGAGACCAAAGACAAGUUCUUUUAGAACUUAAAGCAGGACAAGUUCCUAUCAGAACUAAAUAUCUACUGAGCGACAGUAGUUAUUACUGCAAACUGAAACGAUACUGAUAAUCCACAAAAAUCUUAGACCGUAUUACACGGAUUUCCCAAAAUGUAGCGGUAAUAGACCUUUUACGUAGCAGCCAUCUUAGAGGAGCAGUGCCUUUGUUUUGCUGGAAUGUUCACGCGUGAACGUGCUGUGCAUUCAUUGCAACCGAUCAAGGAUACCACACAUGCCCUCUAAUGGCCACUACGCAUAUUGAGGUAUAUUUGCCGUUCUGCAAAGCAAUGUAAAAAAACAAAACGGGGUUGGGUCGGGGUGCUGGUGGCGGCACGCAAGCAGAUGGUGCAAGUAUUCAUAAGUAUUCAUUCAUAGGCAGACUGGUGCAAAUUGUUCAUUUGCUGAUAAAAGCACGGAAUUCGGCACAUCGCAGGAUUUGUACUUAAAUACAGGUAGAAUGACAAGCAAUUUUUCAAAUUGGCUGCCAUUGCAUGUUAUUCUUCCCAUAUUUUUUUCAAAGGACAGAUCUGCGAUGGCCCUAUAGCCAAACAACCUUCAUGGCAUACUCUGUGUGCCAAAUUCAAUGCUUUUUUCAUCAAAUGAACAACCCAUCACAAAUCUGCGGUACUAAUAGAGGCAGUUGAGAACAAGGCAAGUGCGCGCACGAUGGAUAGAGCAAGUGGCGUAUACAAGUGAGGACGGUGUCACAAUUCGGGCGAUUCACAAUGCAGUGCGCCGCCAUGAGUUUGCCACGGAGAGUUAAUUUUUCAAGUUUACGGUCGACAAAACAUGGCCCAUUUG